UUUCUCGCUCUGUGCGCUGUUUGACUGCAUUUACGGCAUGACGUUAACUCGCCCUCACAGCCAGAAUAUCGCACUCAUAUUGCUAGUGCGUCGGCUACGCAAAAAACGGAAGCGGACCAUGUACAUAAGAGAGCUUUUUGACAAGCGCCCUCAACUCGGCGACUACCACCAGCUGGUGCAGGAGCUCCGCCAAGUGGACCCUGAGUACCACUUUAAGUAUUUCAGAAUGACCAAGGCGAAGUUCGAUCACCUGUUGAGCUUAGUGUACGAGAGAAUACUGCAUGCGCCUAACCACAGGAGACCGAUACGCCCUGCGGAAAGGCUGGCAGUGACUUUGAGGUUUCUGGCAACAGGUGCCUCAAUGCAAGACAUCGCAAUGAGCUACUGUAUGCACGCUACAACGGUUGCUGGAAUUUUAAAAGAAACGCUACCGGCGAUAUGGGACUGCCUAUCGCCGCUCGUCCUGAAGCCCCCAGCAGGUGCUGAUUGGGACAAAAUUCGCCGGGCAUAUAGCUCAAAGUGGAAUUUUCCAAAUGUAGUCGGAAGCAUAGAUGGCAAGCACUUUGCAAUUCAGUGCCCUGAUAACAGCGGGUCAGAUUAUUUCAACUAUAAAGGCUUCUACUCCAUUGUUCUGCUUGCCGUGGCUGAUGCAGACUACCGGUUUACUCUUGUCGAAGUCGGGGCCCAAGGAAGGACUUCAGAUGGUGCUUUCUUUAAUGACAGCUCUAUUAGAGAAGUUUUUGAGCAUGGAAGUUUGGAGCUCCCUACAGCAGUCAAUGGGUGGCCAGUUUUUAUGGUAGGUGACGCAGCAUUUCCGUUGCGCACAUAUCUAAUGCGUCCGUACCCAGGAAGGCAGUUGGACGAAAGGAAAAGAAUUUUUAAUUAUCGUCUAUCAAGGGCGAGAAGGUGCGUGGAGAACGCAUUUGGAAUCCUCGUGUCGCGGUGGAGGGCUUUUCUAGGCACUGUCACGGGACAGCCUGAACUGCUCACUGACAUGGUGAAGGCAGCAGUGUGCUUGCACAACUUCUUGAUGGUAGAUUCGGCGUACUGUCCUGCAGGCUAUGGCGACACAGUGUGUGGCGAGGAAAUACAGGAUGGGUAUUGGAGGCAUGCCAUCACACCGGUUGGAGCGACUGCAGUGUCUAGCAGUAAUCGAUCUUCUCCUACAGCCAUGUCACUCAGAGAUGACAUUUCAAAUUACUUCUUGUCUGCAGCAGGCUCUGUGCCAUGGCAGGUUAAAGUGAUUAGGCGGAACUGAGUGACUCCUGGAUGUUUUCUGCACCUGUGCUAUUGUUGUUUUGCCUCCAUUUGGUAUAUAUCUUGCACGAGGCUGUCAACAGUUGCAAUAAUAGUAUGUGACAACGUUAAUUUGUAUCUGUAUUGUGUGCUUUCGUGAUGUUUACUUUUAUUGCUUUAGCGCUGCUAAAUCACUUUUAUAUUCUGGCCGAUCUUGUGUUCUUUUAUGUUUUAGUGUACAUUGCUGCUGUGUAAAGAUAUGUAUCUAGUAACCCCAACUGCUUGGUUUACUUGCUCA